AUGUUAAACAUCCCGGCAUUUCACGGAUUUGCAUGGGCUGCCAAAGUUUCUGCAUCGUUCUGCUUCUCGUUGUUGAGRAGCUUUAGAGUGUACGUUCUUGCAAGGAUCUUGAGAAGUGGUGACUUAUCCUCCAAAUUUGGAGCAAAGUGGGCAGUUGUGACUGGUGCUUCAGAUGGGAUUGGAAAGGCAUUUUCUAUACAGCUUGCAAAGUCUGGAAUGAAUGUCUUGCUUAUGAGCAGAAAUGCAGACAAGUUAAAAAGUGUUGCAGUAGAAAUUGAAAACAAGUUUAAUGUCAAGACACACAUCCUGACAGCAGACUUUAGUAAACAAGACAUCUACCAACAAAUUGAAAGAGAACUGAAGCAAUUUGACAUUGGAAUAUUAGUAAAUAAUGUUGGUGUUAUGUAUGAUUAUCCGCAAUUGUUUUUGGAUGUCCCUGAAAAGAAAUUGUGGGAAUUGCUGCAUAUAAACAUGGCCGCAACUAUUUUGAUGUCAUCAAUUGUUCUACCACAAAUGGUUCAAAGGAAAAAUGGAGCCAUCAUCAACAUGUCAUCUUGCGCAGCACAGCAACCAACUCCACAAAUGACAGUUUAUGCAGCAACAAAGGAAUUUGUUGAUCAUUUUUCCAGAGCACUUGCAUAUGAAUAUUCCUCUAGUGGUGUCAUUGUCCAGUCAUUGAGGCCAUAUUAUGUGGCAUCAGCCAUGACGUACAACACUAACCCCAGCCUUGCGAUACCAUCACCUAGCACUUAUGUUAGCAAUGCUUUACCAACCCUGGGAGUUUCCAAUCGAAACUGUGGUUACUGGUUUCAUGGAUUACAGUCAUGGCUGCUUGACUUUGUUCCAGUAUCACUUUGGAUGUUUGGUGCCACYAUACUGAAUAAUCAAAUCAGAAAAACUGUGCUGAGAAAUAAAUAAAGUCCAUUAUAUUGAUAAAGCACUUGAUAAUAUUCCAAUAAAAAUAUUUUGACAUAA